AUGGAUCAGAGGGCCGUGUGUGCCGGAUGCCACCGGCUGAUUAGAGACAGAUUCCUGCUCAAAGUCACUGACGGCCUCUGGCAUGAGGAGUGUGUGCGAUGCGCGGCUUGCGGGGACGCGCUGACCAGCUCCUGCUUUCUGCGGGACCGACAACUUUACUGCAAGCGGGACUAUGCCGAUCUGUUUGCGGGUCUGUUUGCGGUGCGUUGUGGGGGCUGUGCGGAGGCCAUCUCUCCUGCAGAGCUGGUGAUGCGUGCAGGAGCCGCUGUGUUCCACCUGCGCUGCUUCACCUGCAGCGUGUGUUCCUGCCGCCUGCAGACUGGAGACCACUGUGUCCUCAGGGAGGGACAGCUACUGUGUGCUAGAGAGGACUACCACCAGUGUCUGGCCAGCCCGACUUCCUCUGACACAGGGAAAAGUGAUGAUGAUGACGAAGAGGUGGAGGAAUCUGGGAGGGUUUCUGGCAAACGAAUUAGAUCAGAAGACCCGGAGAGCAAACGUCCCAAAAGGCCUCGCACUAUUUUGACCACUCAACAAAGACGGAUCUUUAAAGCCUCCUUUGAGGUCUCAUCCAAGCCUUGCCGAAAGGUAAGGGAGACCUUGGCAGCAGAGACUGGUCUGAGUGUUCGGGUUGUGCAGGUCUGGUUCCAGAACCAAAGAGCCAAAAUGAAGAAACUGGCCAGGAGACAGCAGCAGCAGCAGGAGCAGCAGCAGACUCAGGAGCAGCUUGAACACCCAUCACAUCACACAGUGCCCUCCCGUGGUCUGACCUCUGAGCUGGAGUGCCUGGGGUCCGCUUACUCCCACAUUCAGCAGCAGCAGAUGGGACUCACCACGCUGGAGCAGCAGGACUAUGACAUGGACCCCUUCAGACAGGGCCUGACCCCACCUCAGAUGCCAGGGGAUCACAUGCACCCCUAUGGUUACAAGGGCCUCUACAGUGACAUGGACCAAGACCAUUUUUGUCCUGUGACUGACAGCGACUGUCUGUCUCUGGGUGACUCCUCUCUACUCACCCCCAUUGACCGCCUCUACUCCAUGCAGGACUCGUACUUCGCCUCCUGAAAGUAGACACCGGACUCAGUGAGAAGCGGUUCAUCUCCUUCGCUCAGCAUUGCUCUCUGGCCACAUUAUUUGUCUGUCCAGACCAUGCACAAGGUAGUUGAGGAUGUGGGUGCAAAAUGACUGCCAUGGGGAUAUGGGUACACUGUGAUACCGUGCAAUACACUGUAAAUCAGUGGUAAUCAGGCACCUCCAUAUAAACAUGCACACUCUUAUGCUUUACUACC